AUGACGUUUAUGCUUCGAGCUGUAGGUGAUCCCCAAGUGGAAAGAGAACGGGUCUUAUCGGUAGAACCGCAGGCGGGUUUUGCAAUCAAAACGACCGUUGAAGGCAGUUCCCACAAGGAAUUGCAAUAUGGUGUGAAAUAUUUUAUUAACGUCUGCCAUGCGUCCCAGGUACCGACCCCAGACGUCCCGUUUGACCCCAGUAUCGUGUUUCCGCUCAUUAUGGCCAAUCGUUGGGAAAUCCCGAUCGUGACAUCUGCAGCACGUCAAGAUGUGGACAAGAAGGGUACGAUGUGCUACGUUAGCGACUGCUGUGUGAAUACGGAAUGUCUUGAAUGGGCUCGCCGCAACCCUCAAUUGAAGGAAAUUCUGGUCGAAUGGUGUCUUGAGUCCUGUGAACUGCGACAAGAAAUAGAACUCAGUCGCACGAAGUUGGCCUUUCCCAAACUUCGCUGUAAGGGCGAUAGCAUUCCGGUUUUAGAAGUGCUCAGCGAAGACCUGAAUGCAGACCCACAAAAGAGUGCUCUAGACGGGGAUCAAGACCGCAGCGAAAAUGACCCGCAAGUCUUUUUGGAUAUGAGAAGAGACCUUAUGGACAACGAGGAAGAUCUCGAUUCUGACGGAAAGCUUCCACCGCUCUUCCCUAAUGCUCAUACAGAGGGCAGAAAAGUACUUAUAGAGGAGAUAGAGCCCAGCGAAAUGACACUUUCGAAGCAGAAGGAAACUUCUGGCAAACAUACUAAACAACCACUCGAACUGGAUGUUCGAAUGGGCCCCCCACCGUCGGGCCACCGGGCGAAUCUCAGGAUACAAGUGCGAUCAGAGCUCACGUCGCAACAGGAUUAUCAGAUAUCUUAUGACGCACAAGAGAACACAUUGAACAUAACGACCUCACCUCACCAUCACACGUACCAGCCUCAGAAGCUGCAGAUACCACUACCUCCGGUGACAAAAUCUUCUGCCGCAAAUAUGGUAACUUCAUUUGAUCGAGACAAUCGAACACUCUCGAUUUUGUUGUGA